CAGGCAAAGCGCCCGGGUCCAGGUUCCAGCGGCGCGCGCCUUGCGCCCGGAGCUGCUCCCUUCCCAUUCCCAGGUGGCCGAGGAAGGAGCCCUAACAGAGGCGCCUCCCCGUCGGCUUUUGGAGAGAAGGACCCACCCAGAAAAGCAGAAACGCUUCGGCGUCGGGGCGGCUGGAGGCGGAAGGAGCUUUGCUCUGCAGCCGCGCGUGCAGAAACCCAUGUUAUUGACUGUUGAACCCAUUAUUGGUCUCGGCCGCUCAAUCCACCAGAGCCUGCUUUCACAUGCAGGGGAAGUCCCUAACUCACCGAGGGUUUGAGACCCAUCAACUACCCUCAUCUGGUUUAGCAGAACACAGAGAAUCAAAACAGGCGAACUCUGCUUUGAGGGCGAAGUCGUAUGGCAGCUCUGGUCACUGAGAGGUCACCAGGGUUGGGGAGAGAAAAAGCCGCGCAGCCGUCAGGAUGUGGUACGAAAUCUUGCCUGGCUUGGGCCUCAUGUACGUGUGCUUGGUCAUCCCUGGUGUGAGCACCGCCUACAUCCACAGGUACACCAGCGGGGGCAAGGAGAAGAGAAUUGCUCGGAACACCUAUCAGUGGUACCUGUUGGAGAGAGACAAGCGGGUGUCUGGAGUAAAUCGCUACUAUGACUCCAAGGGUUUGGAGAACAUUAAGUGAAAUCAUGGUGCAAUGAAAGCAACUUAAUAAACAUGUAUUGAACUAAGUGUGGAGCAUAUUGAUCAUAAUCUCAAGAGAGGACAGUAAGAUUCUAAUAUUGUACCAAUCAAAUUGCAAUAAAGAAAUAAAAUACAAAAAAGGAGAAAACAGGUAAAUACAGGUGAUACAGGUAAAAGAAAUCAAAACACAACAGUAGGGAAGAGAGAUUACAUCAAAAUAGAUCAGGGGUCAGCAAACUUUUUCAGCAGGGGGCCGGUUCACUGUCCCUCAGACCUUCGGGGGGGGGGGGGCGGACUAGAUUUCGAAAUAAUGAAUGAAUUCCCAUGCCCCACAAAUAACCCAGAGAUGCAUUUUAAAUAAAAGGACACAUUCUACUCAUGUAAAAACACGCUGAUUCCCAGACCGUCCAUGGGCCGGAUUUAGAAGGCGAUUAGGCCAGAUCUGGCCCCCGGCCCUUAGUUUGCCUACCCAUGAGCUAGGUCAUAGACAGAUCAAGAGUUCCAUAUUUCAAGGGGAGCUGCUGAAAGUUGUUGCAAGUGGUGUUUGUUGGCAUGUGCACAACUGCGCCAGUGAUCAGAGUUCACAUUAGAUAUGAAUACAAGAGAUUUGAACUGCUGUUCUGUUCCAUCUAUGGCAUGGGCAUAGCCAAGGGGGGCCAGGGGGGCAGCUGCUCCCCCCUAAAUCAAUAAAAGUCAAGGUUCUCCUCCCACCCCACCCCCAACAAAAGCUUGCCUCCCCUUGCAAAAAUCCUGGCUACGCCCAUGAUCUAUGGCAAAAAAUUUUUAGUGUGGUUUCCCUGACAUGAGCAGAAAUAGAUUUCAUCUGUUUAUCUCACUGUAUUUUUCCUAUUCCUUAUCCUCCGGGUAUCCUGCAGCUCUUCCCACACAGAUUUCAGCCCUGUGAAUGGUCCCACAUUAGUAGUCAACAGUUGGCUUUAUAUUUCUGUUACCAGCCCUUUCCUCAAUGAACCUACAGUAUAUUCAGAAUGAUAGCUUCCCAUUUUGUGAGAGGCCUGGUGGCCUGAGCAGUGCCAGAUUUACGUAUAAGCUAAACCAGGGGUCCCCAAACUACGGCCCCCGGGCCGGAUGUGGCCCAAUUAGCCUGCCAAUCCGGCCCGCGACGACCCCCACCGCCCGCCACCGCCGCCCGCUCUUACGGCGCGCAGCACGGCAGCGCUCUUCCGGGUUGGGGAAAAA